AUGUCAAAAAAUAGUAAUGUUACAAUAGUUGAUCCAGUAUUAAGAUUAAAACCAACAAUUGGUGGUGACCCAUCUCACCCAUUCUCUGAUUUUAAAAUUGAAAUAGGUGUAAAUAAAAUUGGUAGAGCAUCAUCAAAUAAUAUAUACUUAAAAGGUGAUACUUCAGUUUCAAAUUAUCAUGCUCAACUAGUAUUUAAUGGAGCAUUCUUUUUAAUUAAAGAUUUAAAUAGUUUAAAUAAAACUAUGGUUCAAUAUAGACCAAAUGAAGAUACAACUGUCUUAAAACCAAAUUUAGAGUAUCCAAUUAUUAAUGGUAGUAAAAUUACAUUUGGCUCUGCAACAAUGACACUCAGUUAUAUGGAAGUUCAUAAUAGUAAUUAUUCAAAUGAUACAAUAAAUACAGAGAAAAAUUUUAGUUAUACUGAUAAUAGAUUAGUACCUCCAUCACCACCUGAACCAAAACAACAACAACAACAACAGCAACAACAAAUUAAUAAACCACAACCAAUACAAAAUAUAAACACCACAACCACAACCACAACUACUACAACUACAACCACAGAUACAGGUGCAUCACUCCUAUCUCCAAAAUCAUCAAAUAACAACAACAACAACAGCAACAACAACAGCAAUACAACCACCACAACUUCAUCAUCUCCAUCUCACCUUUUAACCACCUCUAAUUCUGAAAUAAAAGAUAUUGAAAAUAAUGUACACCAUAUAAAUAGCAAUAACAAAAGAAAACAAGAAGAUGAAAAUGUUGAUAGUUUAGGUAGUUUUGACGACGAUGGCAAUCUGGUAACUGUUAAAAAGCACAAAUUAAAUAAAAUAAUAGAUGAAGAACACGAAGAACAUGAAGAGUAUGAACAAAAAGAACUAAAAGAAAAAGAAAAAGAAAAAGAAAAAGAAAAAGAAAAGAAAAAAGAAAUUAAAAAGACAGUAUCAAAAUAUAAUAUAGAAAUUGAAGAUGAUUUAGAAAUGGAGGAAGAUGAAAAAUUAAAUAACAAUCAAAGUUAUGAUAGAACUGAACAACAAAAUGAUAAUAAUAAUGAUAAUGAUAAUAUUGAUAAUAUGAUGGACGAAGAGGAUGAUGAAAUUUCUUCAUCACCUCAACCAAUUAGAAAAGAAAAUAAAAUAGUUAAAAACGAUAAAAAAAAAGAGAAAAAAGAAGAAACCAAUAAUAAUAAUAAUAAUAAUAAUAAUAAUAAUAAUAAUAAUAAUAAUAAUAAUAAUAAUAAUAAUAAUAAUAGUAUUAGUAAUACAAGUCAAAAUAGUAUAACAAGUCAACAAAGUGAUAUUAGCAAUAAUAGUAGUGGAAGUGUUUGUAAAAGGGGUAAAAGAGGUGCUGGAAAAGUAAAUGAUGUAUAUAUCAAUAAUAUAGGUAUUGAUAUUGUAAAUAGUAAAAGAAAAACAUCAAAACCUGAAAGAUUAGAAGAACAAAUUUUACAAAAAUCAUCUUCAUCAUUAUCUUCAUCUUCUUCAUUACCCUCGUCAUCUUCAUCCUCCUCAUCAUCAUCUUCAUUUGAUAAUAAAGAGAAAGAAGAAAUAAUUAAUAAAUCACCAAAAAAACAACAAACACCAAAAACAACAACAACAACAACAAAAACAACUACAAAAACAACAUCAUCAACAGCAAAAGCAAAUUCAAAUAUAAAGAUAUUAUUUUCAAUGUUUUCAGAUGAUGUUGUAAAGAAUUUUGAAUCAAUUUGUUUAAAACUUGGUGGUUCAUUAGCAAAUAAUUCAAAAGAAUGUACACAUUUGGUUAGUGAUGAAAUGAAAAGAUCGAAAAAGAUAUUGGAGUGUAUUUCAUUUGGUAAAAUUAUUGUAACCUCUAAAUGGUUAAAGGAAAGUAAGAAAUCGAAUCAUUUCUUACCAGAAUCACAAUACCUUUUAAAGGAUGAAAAAGCAGAAUCAGAGUGGGAUUUUAAUUUGGAGAAAUCUUUAUCAAUCGCUAGAAAUAGGGUUAGUGGUAGUGCUGCUUUAAAACCGUUGUUUAAUAAUAUGUUGUUUUUCAUAACAAAGAAUUCAAUACCACCAAAGGAAUUCCUUAAAGAGAUUAUUGAAAUCAAUGGUGGUAAUUUAUUGGAUGAUAUCAAAGAUGCUGAGAACCAAGAGAAUCAAAAAAAAAUUAUAGCCGUAAUUGCAAAUGCUGAUAAAGAUAAAAGGUCUUUAAAAAAAUGGUCUGAUAAUUCUUAUAAAGUUUUAAAAGGAGAUUUCAUUUUAUUAUCUGUACUUUCUCAACAUUUAAUUUAUGAAGGUUGUGAAAUUUAA